AGUGACUCUCAGUGAUCUGAGUGAGGAGCUGUUGAGAGCAGGGCGGAUCUGCUGUUCACUCUGCGGGCUGGAGUUCAGAGUUUUAUACAGGAGAACAGAGACUCCGGUCAUGCGGGUGGCGGUCAUCGGCGCGGGGGUCAUUGGCUUGUCCACUGCCCAGAGCAUUUAUGAGCAUUAUCAUGAGAAAGUGAGUCCCCUCACUAUAGAGAUCUACGCUGAUGUGUUCACCCCUCUCACCACCAGCGACGGAGCAGCGGGACUGUGGCAGCCCUAUCUCUAUGACGAGGGCAACGUCCAGGAAACGAAAUGGAAUAAAGAGACGUUUGAUUAUCUGCUGAGCUUCCACAGCUCUCCAGAAUCAGUGAAAAUGGGAAUAUUCCUCCAGUCCGGCUACAACCUGUGCACUGAGCGCGUUCCUGAACCCUCAUUUAAAGAUACUGUGCUGGGAUUUCGUGAGCUCACUCAGAGAGAGCUUGAUAUUUUCCCAGGAUACAGCUACGGUUGGUUUAACACCGCUCUAAUGAUAGAGGGGAAGACCUACCUGCCCUGGCUCAUGAACUGGUUGUCACAAAGAGGCAUCAGAUUUUAUAACAGGAAAAUCACAUCCUUUAAGGAGCUGGCAGACGGUGGUGCAGACGUGAUCAUUAACUGCACCGGCGUUCGAUCAGGUGACCUUCAGGCGGACCCUGAGCUCACACCAGGCCGAGGCCAAAUUAUUAAGGUAGAUGCUCCUUGGAUAAAGCACUGGAUUCUUACACACAAUUUUACAACAGGAGUUUAUAAUUCUCCUUAUAUCAUCCCUGGGAGUCGUUCGGUGACUGUGGGUGGAAUUUUCCAGCGGGGAAACUGGAGUGAGCUGAACAGCUCCAUCGACCACAAGAAAGUGUGGGAUGAAGCCUGUGAACUGGAGCCCAGUCUAAAGCAUGCUCAGAUCAUACAGGACUGGACUGGUCUCAGACCAGUACGCAGUAAAGUGAGGCUGGAGAGGGAGAAGAUAAAGUCUGGACUGAACACGUUUGAGGUCAUCCAUAACUACGGUCAUGGAGGCUUCGGCCUGACGAUCCAUCGAGGCUGUGCUGAGGAAGCUGCUCGACUUUUUGGAGAAACCCUCCAGCAGAAAUCUAGACUAUGAUCCUGAAGAUUCCAAUCAUUUGUCUGAAUCUAGGGUGCAGUUCUUUGUCCACAGUUUUAGACGUGAUGUGAGAGUUCACACCUAAACCUCAUCGAAAUUAGACGAGGCUAAUAUGACAGUAUGAUUUCUGUCAUUCUAAAUUGUGUUAGAAUACUAAUACAGUAUUCUUUUCUGAGUAUAUUACAGAUAUGUUAUCAGUGCUUAAAGAACUGUGACCAGCAGCACAUUUCAUUACAGAGAGUAUAAUUAGUCCUGAUGAAUUAGAU